UGACAGUCCUGAUCCACGGUAGCUGCUCUGCAGCAACAAGACCGGAGCCGAGCAAGGCAGGCAGGGGUGGGGGAACAGAGAGAGACAACAGACUGCAGCCAGCCGGACAGGCUGUGUGCUGUGUAGUAAAUGGGAUUAAACCGCCCAGACAGCGCUUGGAAACGCUAGCAGCAGUACUUAGUAAUAGUAGUAGUAGUGGAGAGUAGUGGGGGAGCUCCGCGCCGAGCUGUACCGCAUGUGCUCGCCCGUGUGGAAAACAGAAAAACAACCCAAACAAGAGGAAAACUAACGAUAGCUGCAGCCGCCAACCAGCCCCCGGUUCAGGUUCAGUAUUCAGUAAACCGACCCCUGCCUCCCCUCUCACAUGCCUGCGUUGAUGUGGGAGAGAGAGAGAGGGGAGCGGAGCCAGGGGACGUUUGAUUUACCUCUCUAAACUUGCAGAAACACUACAAGAAAAAUACAACACGAGUUUGUUUUAGUGGAAAAUAAAAGAAUAUAUCGCGCGUCAUGGAGAGCCAAGCGUGCGACCUCCAGAGCUGCGAGGACGUGCGGAAGAGCGGCUACCUCCGCAAGCAGAAGUCCAUGCACCGGCGCUACUUCGUGCUCCGCGCCGCUUCGGAGCGUGGCCCGACCCGCCUGGAGUACUACGAGAGCGAAAAGAAAUUCCGCGGCAAGGCCCCCGUCCCGAAGAAAGCGGUGGCGCUGGAGACAUGCUUCAACAUCAACAAGCGGGCCGACUCCAAGAACAAGCACAUGAUCGUGCUGUACACCCGGGCCGAGAGUUUCGCCAUCGCCGCGGAGAACGAGGCGGACCAGGACGAGUGGUACCAGGCCAUGGUGGACCUGCAGUGCAAAAGUAAAAUCCCCACUGACAAUGAGGACGGGGGGGACUAUGGCGUGCCCAAUCCCGGGCCUGCAUUCAAAGAGGUUUGGCAGGUGAAAGUGUGGCCUAAAGGCCUGGGUCAAGCCAAGAACUUGGUGGGCAUCUAUCGCCUUUGCCUGACUGACAAGACUGUCAAUUUUGUCAAGCUCAACUCUGAUGCCGCUGCCGUAGUGCUGCAGCUGAUGAACGUCCGACGCUGCGGUCAUUCAGAAAACUUUUUCUUCGUCGAGGUGGGGCGCUCAGCCGUGACAGGCCCGGGCGAGUUCUGGAUGCAGGUGGAUGAUUCGGUGGUGGCCCAGAACAUGCAUGAAACCUUGCUAGAGGCUAUGAAGGCACUGAGCGAGGAGUUCCGCCAACGCAGCAAGUCUCAGUCGAACUCUGGCCCUGGAGGAGGUGCUACUGCUUCUAACCCCAUCAGUGUUCCUUCACGCCGCCAUCACCCGAACCCUCCUCCCAGCCAGGUGGGCUUCACCCGUCGCCCCCGAACUGAGCCUCCGGGGGGAGUUAACAGUGGAGCAGGGGUCAACAGUGCCAAUGCUUCUCCCACCCCACGGCAUAGCUUCCCGAGGUCUCCCACUGCUAAUGAUGGGGGGAAAGGUGAGGAUGGAAUAGCAGGCAGCACACCACUCCAAGGGCCGUGCUCCAGCCCAUCCACAAAUGGCUCUUGCUCGACCACCCCAAUCCUCAGGUCAAAGUCAGCCCGUUCAGCCGCCACCACAGCUGCUAAAACUUCUCUUGGGUUGAUGCGUUCCAUCUCCACACCAGCGCCCUCUCCAGCCCCAAGCCUCUCAUCUAGCUCUGGGCAUGGCUCUGAGUUUGGAGGCGUGACAUCUGCUAGUGCUGGUCCAGGGUCUGGUGCCUAUAGUCAUGUCCCCUCCCAUCGCGCCUCUGUCUCAGGCUCACCCAGUGACUAUGGCUCUUCAGACGAGUAUGGCUCUAGUCCUGGGGAUCACACUCUCCGAGCCUCCCUGAGCCUCCCUGGAAGCUCUGUUGGUAGCGCUGGCAGUCAGUCCCACGGUGAGGAGGGAGCCAACUAUAUCCUGAUGGGCCAACGUAGUGGUGGCGGUGGUAGCAGCAGUAACCAAGGGAGCUUGACAUGCGGAUCCUUGCCAGCACCAGGAACACCAGCCUCUGGCUCCCAGCCACAAACCAGGAGAGUGCUGCGCCGCUCCUCCAGCCGCGAAUGUGAUGCUGAACGUAGGCUGCUGAGCAAGCGGGCUUCAUUACCUCCUAUGGCCCUGGAGAGGCUGGCCCCACGUCAGCGCAGAGCUGAGGAGCCUGCAGAUGAAGAUUCAGCCGAUUAUGCCAUCAUGUCCAGAAGCACCAGCCGCGAGUCCUUUGCUUCCACCUCCUCUUCCACACAGAGGGAAUCUGUCAUGGGUGCUGGGUCGGCAGGGGGAGGUGGAGGGUACUUGGAUGUGGCGGGUGAGUUCAAAGGUGAAGUGGGUGGAGGAGCCAGCGGUAGUGUAGAUAUAGGUGUGGACACUGGGUACAUGUCCAUGCUGCCUGGCGUCACUCAGCCUCCAGUAUCCCUGUCCCAAUCAUUGGCUGUCUCUGUUCCAGACUCGGAUUCCAAACCUCCUGAUGACUACAUGGCCAUGACCCCGAACAACAGCGUGUCUCCACCACAGCAGAUCCGGCCUCCACCAGCUUCUGAUGGCUAUAUGAUAAUGUCCCCCAAUAGCAGCUGCUCCCCUGAUCAGCGUGGAGGUCUCUCUGGAGGGGCUUGGGUGGGCAGUGAUAGUGCAGACAGCAGGGCAGGCAGUGACUAUAUGAACAUGUCUCCAAUCAGUGCACGUUCUGUAAAUGGCAGCCCCCCACCUCCUGAGCACACCGGCCAUUUGGAGACCAGUUCUCAACAGCAAGCCCCCAAGAUGGUGUAUUCUUACUAUUCCCUUCCCCGCUCAUAUAAACAUAACCCCUCUGCUGGACACUUUGAGGAUGUUCCCGGACGAGGCAGAAGACCCAAUGGGAGUUGUAGUAGGGGAAUGGGUGGAGGUAGGACUAUGGAGGGGCGUCAAGAGCAAACACUAGCAGGCAAUUCAGUAGUUGGACGCCACCUAUCACUCUCCUCUUCCUCAUACUCCUCCAGCUCAGCCAGCAGCGAGAGCCUUGGGGAGGGUGAGGACCGAGCUACACAGGCAGCGAGCACCAUUGCUGGGGGAGCUCUGUCCAAAGAUGGGAGUAAGCUCCAGCAGAAACGAGGCUCUGGUGGAUUGUCCAAGCAGGGUAGCCAUAGUAGGAGCAGACCAGUGAGCCUGUUUGUUGAUGUAUCCAAGGCUAACACCCUUCCUAGGGUCCGUGAGAAUCCCCUGCCCCCAGAACCUAAGAGCCCUGGGGAGUAUGUAAGCAUUGAGUUUAAGGGGGAGAAGAGCAGCCAGACUGGGGUUGGAGGAGGGCGGGGCAGGGGUCUCAGGCAUGGCUUAUCACUGCCUCAUGGCUCAAGCAGCAAGUAUCCUCAACACAGGCCAACGUCUUGCUUAGGGAACUUUAUCCCCCUCUCCCGUAGCCCCUCUGCCCCCAUCACUCCCCCAGCCGCCUCGGAGUAUGUCAACAUGGACUUGGGCCCUUCCCCGUCCCCUUCACCCCUCUCCCUUACCCCACUGGUUUUCCCUUCUUUCCAUACCCCUCCCACGCCACCAACUCUUGCUCAUGCCCCAAAAGCCUGUGUUGAGGGAACUACUGGCCCUUGUGAAGAGGGGGAUGAAGUGGCCGAGGCCCCACUUAGGAAAAGCAGAGAAAGUGCCCCAUCAGUGUCUGAGUCCCCGACAUCCUGUGGAGACUACACUGAGAUGGCCUUCCCUAGGUCAUCAUCUAGUGUCUCCCCCAAAGCCCUGUCCCCCACCAGGACUGAUCCUUCUGUUCCAGUGCUAUCACGGGGUCUAGACUUCCCCCUAGCCAAACCUGGACCCAACCCAGACCACGGGGCUAAAGUUAUCCGGGCCGACCCCCAAGGACGCAGACGGCACUGCUCAGAAACUUUCCUUGCCCCGCCUUCCCUCCCCACCUCUACCUCUGCUUCCUCUUCUUCUACUGCCUCCCUCUUUCCAGAACAUGCCCAAGCUGUCGCCCGCCGGCUGGGUUUUGAAAGCAUGCUGUGGGGGAAUGGUGCUGUGACUGAUAAUCCCACUCAGUUCGCCCUCCCUGGACAGCAGUCCCUUCCCACAAACACUCAGACUUCGUCCACAGAGCAAGGCCUUAAUUACAUAGACUUGGACUUGGCCAACAAAGAGGGCCACCAUUUGGGCCAAGAUGGACCUUCAGGUAGCCAGGCCCCUUCUCGCCUCUUCUCUGUACUGGGUGGAGGUUCUGGGGUCGGGGGAGUGGGACUGGGAGUGGGCGCAGCAGUCGGCGGCAGCAGCAGCAGCAGCAGCAGCAGCUCAACACUCAACACUUACGCCAGCAUCGACUUCUACAAAUCAGAGGAGCUGCGAACGCAUCAGAAUGGAAACAAGGAGGGUACAGAGUGCUGAUGUCAUUGUGUCAUCCUUUGGGAAACAACCUGGUGCCACUCAGAGAACUUCAAAGCUUCGCCUGUUCCUUUUGUGACAACCAAUCACAUGGACAGAGCAACUGGAUCGGACACGCCCCUGACGCACUUUGACAGACUGAUGGAAAGCUUUUUUUCUUUUUUUUUUUUCGCUUUCAUCUUGUUGGUUGUGGAAACCAACUUGGAUGCGUGCCAAAUGACAUUCUUGAAAAGCUAUUUGCUGCUCUCAUUCCUUGAGUGAAAGCCAAUCAGAGAAGGUUACAAAAAAUGGACACUGGUGUUUUGAUUUUUGAUUAUUUUUCCAAGACAAAAAUUCUAAUCAUUAAGAGUAUAAUGGUCACUAUUUAGUGUAUGAAAACGAAAAUUAAUAGAAUUAUAUAUCUGCUCAAAAAGUGCCUCAUUUUCAGAUUGUAGCCAUUUUACAAAGAACUUCAACUUAGCCUGACUUACUGAAACUUUGGGUUCAGUUUGUGUGUGCUUGAUAUAGAUAUAGAUAUAGAUAAAGGGGGGAGGGGGGGGGGGGGUAUCACUGGUGUGAGUUUUUGCUGCGUUCAUGUCAUAUGGGAUGAGAUCGUUAUUUAAAACCUUGCGAGCAACAGUUGGAUGUGAUUACAAUGUUAGAGAGUCGUGUGAGGGUUAAAAAUACUGUGCAUGGUCAAUAUAACGCCUGUGAAAUGUACUCCUGUGCCAUUGAGCUCUAAAUCGGAUAGAGAGUUUAACAUUCGAUGUUGACGUGAACAAUAUUUACAAGUCGGAAAAGGGAAAUCACAAUAAAUCCGAUAUGACAUGAAUGCAGCAUUUUCGCUAUUGAUAAUGGUACUAGCCAAUCUGCUGGCCUUCCCGUCUACUGUGAGAAAUAUUAGCGUAGCCUGUGUUAGCGACACGUUCAGCUCAUUAUAACCUGCGCUGCUUUUAUUCUGUCUUUUUCUCUUUCUGUUAACUUUUUAACAAAGCCAUACACCUAAAGUAUUAAAGACACAGGCUUGACACAAAAGGCACUGGGUAGCAGGGGAUGCAGUAGCUUGCUAGUUAGCUAAAGCCAGCUAGGUCAGAUUAACAUAUUAGCCUCGUGCAAGAACGUAAAUGCAGCGUCCGGUCCUGCUGACCACAGCUCAGGGUGAGAGCCCUAAUACAGAGCGAGGCAAUCCCAUUAGUGCUGUUAGCUCCAGACACUAGUGUCUUGUUAAAUCCACUUUGUCUCAGGAUGCUUAUUAACAUUAGGUACGUACGCCUGAGGAUAGAAACCCUAUCAAUAGCUAUGCUAAUGCUAGCUUUGUCGUGGUUAGCACACUGCUUUAUUAAACACCGGAAAAGGGGGUCAGUUCUUAUUUCAAUUCUGUCGGUAUGAAAUAAUAAAUAAGUGCUAAUUUGUUCUCAGUUAUUUUAUACAUUAAGGUACCAAACAUUUUAAGAUUUUACACUUUAAACAUUUUAAACUGGUUGAAUUGAAAGUGCGUUGACCCUGAAUGCCUCUUUAAGACUGUCUCCCCUCUCCCUCCUUUCUGUCUUUUGCUUAGCUCUUACUUUAAUCUCCGCUAUGCAUCAGCACUUAAGUGCCUGUCUGUCCUUUUUAUCUGUCUGUCUCUCUGCCCCGUCUUAGCAGCUAGCACUGAUAGGGCUGUCCUCGCAGAAUAUAUUAGUCUAUUUUUGUGUCUAUUUUUAGCUGUACAGUUCUCGUGAAAUAUCUUGUGUAUGUUUGUUCGGUGUGACAAUGAUCUAUCAGAUGACUUGACUGACAGCCAUGGCCCUAAUCGGAGGAGUUUGGACUGUUUCUCUUUGCCGGUAAUGGAGGACUUAAUUGUCGCAGGGCCGUCAGUGCCAAAACACAACACCAACAAAAAAAGACUAAGCUCCAACAGCACCUCAAGAAGCAACCUUCAGCUCUAAUGCCUGGAUGUAUUGCUUUGUUUUGUUUUAAAAAUGUAACCUUUUGUGUUCCCCGUUUUCUUUUGCAGCGGGGAGAACUGUGACAUAUCUGGCCUGCUUAUGUGACUCUUGGAGAUAAAGGUCAUUGGACUUGCGUACGCUUUAACCUUGAAUUUGUCUACAACUUUGACCAGAGGAUUAAAAAGAAAUGCAUGAUGAGAAAGAAAA